AUGAGUCAAGGGAGUGGAGAAGCAGCUGAGAAGAGGAGUGAGCCGCCACCAUCCAAGAUUGAGGCGUUGGAUGGCUCCAACUACGAGGAAUGGAGGGGGGGGAUGAGGAGCGUUUUCAAGUGCUACGAGCUGCUGAAACUUGCGAUGGGAGAAGAGAAGAUGCCUGGGGAAGGAGAUGCUCGGGAUUGGUGGAUUGAGCGGAGCGCGGUGUUGUUCGAUCUCAUCUUGCAAUCGGUCAACAACAACAUGUUCCAGCACAUCAAGGACUUGGUUGAGCUGGACGACUCCGAUCCAAAGGUGUGGAAGCUACUGCGCGACGUGAUUCAGCCCAACACGCUGCCCAUGGUGAUCGUGCUCGAGAAGGAGCUGGCGGCCAUCUCCAUGCGAUCGGGAGAUGAUGUGAAGCCGGUCCUUGACAAGAUCAAGGACACAUAUGCGAGGAUGGCAGCGGCCGGCAGCGAGGUGUCGCAGAUGCAGCAAUGCACCAAGAUCAUCUCGGUGCUCGGCAACUCGUGGGACAACCUCAUCCCCACCCUCAACAUUCAGCAGGACAAGUGGACGCCUGAGUGGCUACGCCGCCCUGAGGGAUGGGCGCCUCCAGGCAUGAAGCCGCCAAGUGGUGAACGCGCACGAGGUGGCGCUGUGCAAGGUUCAGGUGCACAAGGUGAUGGUGCACAAGGUAAAGCCGACCCUGGGAUGUUCCUCAUGGUUGAGGAUGUGCAAGGGAGUGGGGGUGAUGUGGGUUUAGUUGGGAAGGUUGUGAUGCACCGCCUCACUCACUGGGUGAUUGAUUCAGGUUGUACAAGUCACAUGACCCCACGGGCAGAUUUGCUUGACGAGGUAAAACCCCCUGGGAAAAUAAAGUUUGUGGCUGCCGCUUCAGGUGCUUUGCUCCCUGUGAUUGGCGUUGGGAAUGCCAAGGAAAUGGGAGCCAAUGGGGGGCUUGUGGGGCUGGGGAAUGUGUUGUUGGUUGAAGGUCUGUCCGCUAACCUUCUUUUUGUGCGCCGGCUGCAGAAGAGCAAGGCCAAAGUGACCUUCGGCCCAACCAGCUGCUGUGCAAAGCUUGGGAAGCUGUUGUUGUGGGAUCUGGAGGAGAAGAACAGCUGCAUCAAGGACCUGUUGCAGCUGCCCAUCAUCCCUUGGAAUGGGAAACCUCCAGCAACGGCAACGGCAGCGGCAGUGGCUAAAGCAACUGCGGAAGGAGAGGAGACUGCACCAACUGCUGGGGCCGUGGAUUCAGUCAAGAAGGUGCAGCAACCACAGCAGUCACAUGAUGAGGUGCUUGCUGGUGAGGAUGUGACAACUGCAUUGGCAAAGGCUUCAUCUGGGAGUGGUGAGGCCGAUUGGGAGACGUGGCACGAGAGGCUGUGUCAUGUGAACUUUCCUAUGCUGCAGAAGUUGGUUAAGGAUGGGAGCUUGAAGGGGUUGGAAGUGAAGGGGGCAGCGAAGGAGAUUGGGAGCUGCCCUACAUGCCUUGAGACCAAGUUCACGAAAUUUCCCUUCAGCAGCAGCACGGGACCAGCGAAGGCUCCACUUGCACUUGUGCACAUGGACGUGGAGUGGAUGCCGAGAGCUCAAAGGGAGAGCGGACACAAGGUGAAGGUGAUCCGCACCGACAACGGGGGAGAAUUCAUUGGCGCUGAUUUUGAGGCGGUGCUGAAGAAGAAGGGGAUCCAGCAUCAGCUCACGGUGCCCUACAACCCUCAGCAGAACGGCGUGGCUGAGCGGUUCAACCGGACCCUGCAGGAAGGUGCUCGCACUCUCCUUGGGCGUGCAGGGCUGCCGGAUCCGUUUUGGGUGACUGCACUGCGGCAGGUCGCCCUUGUGAAGAACAGGGUGCUGGCGACUGUGGGGGACAAGCAGUGGGUCCCCUACACCAAGUGGUAUGGGUGUGCACCAGCAGUCAACAAGCUGAGAGCCUACGGCUGCAUGGUGGUGUUUCAUGUGCCUAAGGAGAAGAGGGAAAAGCUGGAAGCUUCUGGGAGAUGGGGUGUGCACUUGGGACUUGCUAAGGAUCACAAGGGCUGGUUGAUAUGGGACUUGACUAGCCAGCAGCUGACUGUAUCGAGGGAUGUGAAGUUCCUCGAGUCCUUAUACUACAAGGAGUGGAAGCAGCAGCAGCAGAAGCUUCCUACGACACCGCUGAUUGUCGAGGCCGAUGAGGUGCAGGGGCCUUCGAGGCAAGUGGAGUUUUCCGUCUCUGAGAAUGAGAUCUCUGGGGUGACUGAGGAUGGGGGAGAACCUGAGGUGGAGGAGCAGCAGCAACAGCCGCAGCAACAGCAGCAGCAGCAAGGCGCUCCACAAGGUGCCACACGUCCGGCUGACCGUCCUAGGAGGGAUGUGCGCUCUCCUAACCGGCUGACCUAUUCGAGCUUUGGCAAGCCAAACGUGGUACGGGCUGGGAGUGUUGCUGAGCAGUGUGAUGAUGAUGAGAUAGCACACUGCUACUGGGCAGCCGUCCCUGAGCCCAAGACACUAGCCGAGGCAUUGAGUGGGCCCGAUGCUGGGAAGUGGAAGCAGAGUGUGAAGGAGGAGUAUGACUCUCUGCUGGAGAAUGAGACUUGGGAGUUGUGUGAGCUGCCUCCUGGGAAGAAGGCAAUAUCUUCGAAGCUGAUCUUCAAGCACAAGUACGGACCUGAUGGGGCGCUGACCCGCUACAAGUCAAGGCUUGUGGCUAAGGGGUUUCAGUAG